AUGGCCAACGCCCUCGUCAUCGGCGGCAUCGUGGCCGCCAUUCUUGGUCUGCUCACUCUCGCGUUCCCCCUGUUCUUGGCCGAGUACUUCCCUGUGCAGCUGCUGUGGAAGCAGCGCAGCGGCCGGCCCACGGUGCGGACCGCGUCGUACGCCGGACGCACGGCCCUGGUGACGGGCGCCAAUGGCGCGUACGGGUCGCGCGCGGCGACGCUCUUUGCGCAGCACGGCGUCGCGACGCUGGUGCUCGUCGAUGUGCAGGACUGUGCCGGCGUGCAAAAGCAGAUUGAGGCGGAUCUGCGCGCUCAGAACAAGUCGGUGCCCAAGAUUCUGGUGUGGCAGAUCGACAUGAUGCGCUAUGCAGGCUGUCGAGAGCUGGCCGAGCGCGCAGCGAGCUUGGACCACCUCGACCACGUUCUCCUGACGGCCGGCAUUCUCGCGUUCCACCGCCGCGAGUCGCCCGAGGGCUGGGAGUCCUCUGUCCAAGUCAAUUUCUUGUCGACGGCGCUCAUCGCCCUCCUCCUCUUGCCCCACCUCAAGGCCUCGCCCGGCAAUCCUCAGCCGCCCGUCCUGACGUUCGUCACGUCGUUUGGCAUCUACCCGUCGUCCUUCACCAUGGGCCUGCCGCGGCAGCCCGGCGCGUCGUACCUGCGCCGCCUCAGCACAAGCCGCGACGGCCUGGCGCAGGGCCACCAGUACGGCCGCUCCAAGGGCCUGCUGCUGUACUUUGCGCGCGAGCUGGCGGCGCGCACGGCGUCUCGCGCAGCGACCGGCCAGCGGCAGCCGCCGGCCGUCACCAUCACCAGUGCUGACCCCGGCUCCGCCUGGACCCCGCUCACCAACCCCAACCAGGCGAAACUGAUUCCCCGCCUCAUCAUGAACAUCAGCGCCCGCGACCCCAUCUACGGCGCCGCCGCGCUCGUCAACGGCGCCUCUGCGCCGGCCGCGGCCAACGGCCAGAUCCUGCACGACUUUGACGCGGUCGCCUACCCGCCGUUCAUGAACCGCCGCAGCGGCAAGGUGGCGCAGCAGCGCGUGUGGGACGAGGCCCGCCAAGAAUUCGAGGCCAAGGUGCCCGAGGUCCACGCCGUGUAUGCGUUGCUGGAGAAGAAGUAG